AUGCGAGACUCCGGUGGCGACCUCCAUCGAGCACGAACUGUUCUGAUUAAGAUUGGGACCGAAAUUGUGCACUCACCUGAAGGUCUUUUAGCUAUGGGACAAAUUGGAAACAUUGUAGAGCAGAUUGCAGUGCUCCACAUGAGAGGACACAACAUUAUCCUUGUCUCGAGCGGUUCUGUGUCCAUUGGAAAAAUGGUCCUACACCGACAGUACUUGCUUUCUGGAUCGAUACAGUCACAUCUUGGGGGUCAAGUAGAAGAUAACGCUCAGUUCUAUGAAAAAGCGUGCGCCGCUGCAGGGCAGAGCGGGUUACAAAGUCUGUAUGAGAUGCUGUUCGCCCAGUAUCACUUGGCGUGCUCGCAGGUGCUGGCAUCCGAUGCUGACUUUAGAGAACCGCAAGUCCGAGCCAAUUUACAGCAGACAGUACGUGCCUUGCUGGAUGUAGGCAUUAUCCCUGUAAUUAACGAGAAUGAUGUCAUUACUCGGCGCACCACGCCACUGAUGAACGAAAACAAGAUUGCAUGGGACAACGACUCACUCGCGGCACUUUUUGCUCAAGAGAUGAUGGUAGACUUGAUGGUCGUACUGACGGACGUGAAUGGCAUCUAUACGGGCACUAAAGACGACAAAAAGCUGAUUUCAAGAUUUCAGCGUGGAGACAAACAGAUAAUUGUUGCUGAGAGUCGUGUUGGAGCUAUUGGACAGACUGAUAAGCUAUACUCUUGUAUUCGUGCAGUAGACAGCGGUGCUGUGCGUGCUGCAGUGGUUGCUAAAGCGGAGCAGGGAGUGUUGCUGCGUAUCAUUAACGGGGAGCAAGUUGGCACACUUUUUGUGGCGGAUGGAAAGCCUAUUGGCGACGCUGAAGCGGAAAAGCAGCAUAUUGAUCCACUGUAUUCCGGCAUUGCCCCGCGUGACCGUAAUUCAAUGAGUAAGCUGUAA